GCCGCGGCGCCGCUUCCGCCGCCGUCCCGCGGCAGGGUUGGCCAUGUCGCUGCUGCGGGGGUCGCGGCCCCGCGGCGCCGGUAGGAAAGGCCUCAGGAAGACGGUGGCAGUUAAGCGGGACUGGGACAGUACCGUCCACGAUCUGACAGUCCACCGUGCAACUCCUGAGGAUAUUCUGCGUCGCCAUGAAAUACACAAAUCAAAAAACAAAGCACUGGCACAUCUGGAACUGCAAGAGAAAGCACAGAAAAAAAGAUGGAAGAAGCAAAACCAACUGGCUGCUGAUUCCUUGGAGAAAAGGAAAUUGACUCUGAUGCGUGAGAUUCUGUCUGAUCAAUACCAUUUUCAAGAUGUAUUGGAACGAUCUGAUCAGGUUAUGGCUGUGGCAAAAGACUUGUUAGGGGAUGCUCCUCGCACACGAACAGGCUUCCCUAAUGUAACAAUGGCUCCUGAUUGUGACCCUGAAUCAUCUCAAGGACCCAUUGUACAAAAACAUGAUCUUCCCACUCAGCUUUCUAUCCUCGGUGAAUAUGUCAUGGAUUCCCAGGCUCUUAAUGAAGUGGAAGAUGAAGCAUUGUCAAACAGUCAAUCAGAAGAUGAACACCAUGGCUCUCUGAAUUUCAAAUCCAACAUCAAUUCUGACAGGCUACUUCGGUUUUUGAGAGAAGAAGAUUCCUUGGUGAAUUCUCAGUUGUGGGCUGAAAAGGAUACGAGGAAAACAACCUUAUCACAGGAAUCAAAUAUGCCUUCGACUCCAACAACUCUUUCUCCGUCACUGGAUCAGUCAGGCCUCAAUGCUACCAAUGUAGUCAAGAGAAUCCGUUCAAGACUUCAGAAUGAAGAUGGAGGAGAAACUGUAGAUUCCACUUACCCUGUGAGACAAGUGCUGAACCUGAACUCAAGGAAACAAAAGCAAAUUGCAGCAAAAAUGAAAAGAAAACAAACCACACAGAACUCAGCAAGACAGAGGAGAGAUGAUUCUCCAGCUAAUUCGAUCCCUGUUGACCUUCAGAGGGACAACAAAUCCAGCCUAGAUAUUCUCAACCAUAUGAUACAUGAAGUGGAGCAUGAAUUGGAGGAAUAUGAACGAUGUACAGGACGCGAGGUUCAAAAAACUAAGAGGAGUGAGGGCCUCACUGGGUUUACCUUGUCACUGGUGAAUGCUCUCUGUCGUUUGAUGCGCUAUCUUAAAGAGAGUGAAAUGCAGCUGCGUGAGAAAGAGGUGAUGAGACAGCAGCAUGAGAAGAUGUUGAAUGAACACAGAGAACUGAUUGAUGCUCUGACUGCAGAAGUUCUUCUAGUGAGGGAAGAAAACACUGCUGUACAGAAAAAGCUUCAGCAAUACAUGGCAGUAACAGAUGAACAGCUGAUCUCUCUCACACGAGCGUUUAAAGGCCUCCCUUUGGUAGAACCUACAAGAGAGCAAAGUCCAAACUGUUUUGGAAUUGCAAGCAAAAGUCCAGUGAAUGGCCAAGGAAAACCUGAUGUGAGCUAUUUUGAGCCUAGGGCUGAUGCAGGCAUCAGGGAAAGUAUGCUGAAACUCCCACAAGACGAACUUCCUUUCAAGUUUCUCCAGAGAUCAGGCGCUUCAGGUGAUGCAGGAGCUGGUAGAAGCUUGCCCUGUCACGUCUUCCAGCCAGCUGUGUUGUUGUCACCCCCACGGCAGAAGAGCAGUCAAGAAUUGUCUCCCCUCCAGAAUGCCGAAGGAGAACCAUGCAAGGAAAGGGGCUCACAUUCCUCCUUGAGAACGCAGAGCACAACUGAGAAAAACUCUCUCAUCUCUCAAAGGCAACCAGUCCCUUCUGCAAGCAAAGGCUUGGAGAGUUCCCAUGAGAAAAUCAAUCUGUCCUGCCCAGGUGACACUAGAAAAAACAGCACAGCUGAAGAGUUAUUUCAGAAUAGUGAUCUGCUGGGACAGAUCGCUGAGCUCACACAGCAGAAAUCUCUAAUUAAAGCUCAACUGAGCAAAUUGAGAGGCUUCUCUGAGGAUACAAGUGACUGCCUACAUCAGCCAGACCCAAUACGAAAUGCAAAUACCAGUCCAGAUUCUUCACAAGAACAGCAGUCUCAUCUCGUCAUAUCAAGGAGCUUGGAGGAAAGAAUAGCGGAGCUGAAUCGUCAGAGUACAGAAGCACGUGAUAAACUCUUACUGCUGAUAGAACAGCAGAAAUCAGCCACUGACAAUAUGGUCCCUCCAAGGGUGUCUCCUGUUCUGCCCUCAUUCUCAAAUAGUGCUGAAAAUGCAAGGAGGACUGUUGAAGUCUCUAUUCCGGUGGCAGUUGCUACAGAUAGCUCCAAAGAUGGUGUUUCCCCUGCCAGUAUGACCAGUAUAAGAAGGUCUGCAGGAGACUCCAGCAAGUCUUCCUCACCCCUAAGUACCGUGUCAGAAAGCGCAAAAUUAAUUCCUGUCAGCCAAAGACCAAAGGCAGAAAAGCAAAAAGAAGAAGGAUGGUUUGCAUUGUCAAUGCAUGUUAUGUAAAGGAAGCUGCACUCAGGUCCUGUAUUUUUAUAACAAAUUUUUUUAUGAACCACGAUUAGAUGAAAAUAGUUCCCCUCUCCAGAGCUGCAGUCUGAAGUGCUUUCACAUCAGUGCUAUUAGUAUAAAAAGGCCCAUAAGCUUAUUGUAUUUGUGCCAUACAGAGUACCUUCUAGGAAGUCCUGAGAGUGAGUUUCUGCUCUGGACACUGCUGUGACUUUACAGCAAAUAACUCUUUCACAAGAUCAAAUUCAGGCUGCUGUAGCAAUAGGAAUGGACAUCUCAUGUCUGUGUUAGAUAUGUCAAAGACAGGAGGUUUUAGGAAUUGCAUGUGAAACUUUCUGGAGCACAAGAUAUGGGAAUGAAAAAAUCAAGAGAAACUGAGAUGAGGGAAUGAACCUGUGUUCACAGGCAGAAACUGAGAUGAGGGAAUGUACCUGUGUUCACAGGCAACCUGGGGUUUAGGAAGCCAGUCCAUUCCUGCUGGACGAGAAUUUGUGUCAGAGAGAAUUUGUGUGUUCUGUGGUUCACAGUUGCUCUCCAAAGUUGUGUUUUCUGUGCAGUUAACGUAUUGGGGAUCAUAUUUUGACUUGAGGAUUGCUUUUUAAAAAUAUAUUUACUAUAAAAAUAUAAAAUGGAAAAGGUGACUGAAAAUGAAAUCAGAAUCUGUUUGCUAUGUACUAAAGUAUGCUCUCUUUGAUACCACAGAAAAUAGGAGUGAUAGGAGUACAGUUGUAUUAAGCUCUUUUGUUAUGCAUCUGUAUAUAAUACUCUAGUGACCAUGUUUUUGUAUUGUUUUUAUUAGACUUUUUAAAGUAUCUGUAAUUUUAUUAUUAAUGAUUAACAAUAAAAUCUAG